UCCGUGGAGUAACCGGGCCGUGCUAUCAGGAAGGAUAACGUCUCCUCGAGUCCUCGUAGCCGAGGCGCUCCGUCCUCUGCUCUUCCUCGACGGGAGUGAGGCCGGCCACCGGCGACCGGGCGGCCAUGGCGGCGGCGCUCCUCUCCCCGGCUUCCCCCCUCCCUCGCUCCUCCUCCUCUGCGGUCCACCCCAGGAGCAAGGGCGCGGCUGGCGCAGCAGGGUGCGCUCCGCCGUCCAGGAGGAGGGCGGUCUCGUGCUCGUGCGCGCCCGAUUCGUGGAGCCGCGGGCUGGAGAGGAGGCAGCUCGUGCUGUCCGGCCUCGUCUCCUCCUUUGCGAUUGUUCUCCCGAUUACAGUGGCAGAAUCGUGCGCUGCUGCUACCGAGGUGGACGACGAUGGCGUGAAGAUGGCCAUGCUGGUAGAUGAGACCAACGCCUACUCUUUCCUUUACCCGGUUCAGCUGCCAGGGAAGAAAACCUCCUUCAGAUGGGUAGAGUCCAGGAAAUCGGAGCGAUAUUCCUCUGCGGCGCCACUAUCUCCUGAUGCACGGCAACGCAUCGUAUCGGAGCGCCUCGACAUGAUCAACAAUGCCGUCAUCUCUGUCUCGAUUGGGCCACCAAGCUCACGCUUUCUACCUUCGAAAGACAAGACCACUUGGGCUGCAAAAAAUGUCGCUGAUUGCGUUUUGUCUGACAAAUCUUCAUUGAAGGUAACAACAAGCCAGCGAAUGGCGGAGAGUUCUGUCCUUGAUGCACACACAGAAGAUGUUGAUGGAGAGCCAUACUGGUACUAUGAAUACAUUGUUCGGAAAUCACCAACAAAAUCGGCACCAGAACCUAAUCUGUUUCGGCACAAUGUAGCAUGUACUGCUGAGCGAGAUGGUUUUCUCUACUCGUUAAAUGCCUCCACUCUCAGCAAGCAGUGGGAAUCUAUGGGACCUUUGCUACAAAAGGCUGUGGCAUCCUUUCACCUCCUCCCCCCGACAGAGAAAUAUGUUCCUCCUUACCAGGAUCCAUGGAGGUUUUGGUGAUGUGACCGUUCUUCGUGCAGUUUUGGCGAUCCGACGACUUCAAGUUUUGGUCCAUGUUUGUUGUAAUAGAUGCUCCAGUAGCACUUUCAGCUCUAUGGAACGAAUUCUAGAUACUUUUGGCCAAUCUACUACGAAUUGGAUGUUUUAGUAAAUUAUGAAUGUCAAACGUACCCAACGGCAAUAAACAAUGCAACCACCAUUAUUAUUUUUGUAUUUUGAGAAUGCAACAACCAUCA